AUGCCGACCCUUGAGAGGCUGCGCAAAGGAGCCACCGGCAUCGUCUACAAAGUAGAUUCCACUAUCGUCGUGAAGUGUCCAACACCUGAAGGACAUGGUGAUUUUAUCAAGGAAAACCAGAUUUUCAACAUCCUGGCGCGAUAUCCACCUUGCCCUGAAAUUGUGACUAGUUACCUGCGCCUCGACAACGGCAAUUUCCUAGAGUACAUGCCAGCAUUCUCUCUCUCCGAACGUUUGCAACGCCACCAGGUCAGAGAUCCGAAGUCCACGCGAGUCUUAUCAGUACGGUGUGUCGAGGCCCUUCCAUUGCGCCAGACAUGGAUGAAAGCAAUCGCUGAGGGCGCUGCUUGGCUCGAAUCCCUCGGUCUUGCUCACGGUGAUCUGAAGCCCGAAAAUGUCUUGCUUGAUAAACAGAACCGCGUCAAGCUUGCGGAUUUCGACUGUGCGAAUACCAUCGGUUCGGAGUUCGAGGCUUGUAUACCUCCGUAUGGGCGGCUCCUUGGAAGUGAAGCCGGGUCAGAGGAAGGGACUGCGGGACAGCUUGGAGUUCGUACGGAAACAUUCGCGCUUGGCUCCAUAUUCUACUUUGUCAAUUAUGGAUUUGAGGUUUAUGACGACCAAGAUUUUGGCGAGGAUCAUGGACCGGUUGUUGUAAAGUGGCUGCAGACAAUGGUGUUUCCGACACUCGGUCGUGAUUCUAGGCUGGAUUUUAUUAUUGACGAUUGUUGGCAUGGUAGAUUCGAGUCAGUUGCGGCGCUGUCGAAAGCUAUCUCGCAGCAGUGUGGCUUGAAGAACUAUUCAUCUCAAGCUUCUUCACCGGAGGAAUUUGCAGCGCGUCGAGCAUAUUGUUUACAGCUCAUUGAAGAAGGCAUUCUUGAUAAUUUCCCCAAGGUAGACUGA